AUGGGCGUGCUCAUUCCCAUGGCCGGAACGAUGACUUCCUUUGGAGGAAUGAAGGAUGCUGUGAGGACGCCGUUUAAUUGUACUGCUCUUUCGGAAGAUCAAUUUCAAAUUAGUUCUGAUGGCAGCUACGAUCUCCUGGACGAAACUAUCGAGUGUCUCAAAUUCGAAAAGAUCGAAGCCACGAAUUCCACCUCCGAAGGCGUCAGAUGCUGCCAAGAGCUUCCCUACAACUUCCGCGGCUACGAAGUCAAUGACACGCUGCUCUCCCUCGUCGGCUCACUCGUUUUCGGCUUCACUGUCGGUUCAUCUGUCGUCACUUCUCCUAUCAUCGCCAAGCUUGGCUUUCGAAAAACGGGACUCAUUGGAGUCGUAUUCGCGAUUAUUGCCCUUUUGCUGACUACCUGGUCGACGUCGUUUUAUUUUUGGAUUUUUACUUAUUCAAUCUCCUUCGGAGUCGCGAAUAACUUGCUGUACAAUACGGGAAUGCAAAUGUGCAACAAGCUUUUCCCGACCGACUUCAAUACCGCUGCCACAGUCAUUGCCAGCUUCGGCGUCUCCCUUGGAACAACGAUUAUGAGUCCGAUGACGAUCGCGCUUACUGAUGCCUAUGGAUGGAGAAUUAGAAAUUAUGCCUGCUGCGCGAUUCUCCUUUUCGUCGCUUUUCCUGCUGUCCUUCUUUGGAGCCAGCCCCUUGAAGGUGAGGAAUUGGAAAAAGCCGUUGGAAACAAAAAAUCCGAGGACGAAGAAAAAGACCAAAUGGUCGAAAAAGCAGACAAGCGAGAAAUGAUCCAUCCAGCCGACAAAAUGAACCUCUUCUCCUCCAUUGUCUUCUGGGCCUGGCUCUGGGGAACGACUGCUUGGUCGCUGGACUUCGUCAUUCCUCUUGAUUUUGCGGUUCCCUUCAUGACUGAAAAUGGCAUCUCGAGAGCAACAGCUGGUGCAGUCAUGUCUUCUCUUGGUAUCUCCGAGCUGAUUGCUCGUGUCAUUUGUGCGCUUACAGGAGAACAGAAAAAGAUUUCGAAGGCGAUGAUUUACAUCCUUUUCUCGCUGCUCGGAGCUGCCGCUUGUGCCCUGCCGAUUAUGGGAAAAUCACAGAUGGUAGAAGGAGAACCCCUUAGCGUGAGUUUGAUGUACACAUACGCCAUUAUCGUUGGCUUCUGCGCUGGAGUCCUCAACUGCCUGAUCAUGGCUUGUACUGUUGAUAUUUUCGGUCAGAAACGAACCGUCGAGGUCUGGGGAUACGUCAAUCUCAUGUUGGGAGUCGGCUUCGUCGGUGGUCCACCAAUUGGUGCAUGGUUUACCACUUCCGUCGCCCCUGACCUGGUUUACGUCUUCUACCUCGCAAUCGCCUUUUUCCUCGCCUGCGCAAUCAUCAUGGCUCCAAUUCCACUAAAGCUGCCUUCCAUGCAACCGUACUAUGCCGACGAAGCUGAACUCAAAGAAAACAACAACAACAACAAUUACAACAGCAACAACAAUCGCGAAGAAUCUGCCCUUCUUAGAAAAAUCAAGAAAUUCGAAUUUCGUGAGAAACGAUUCAAGUCGGCAGAGCACAUCUUCGGUAAAAAUGAGAAAAACAAGAACUGUUUCUGA